AUGUUUUUCAUACAAUUUCUGUUUUUAUUUGCAUCAACCGUCUUUCUCCCCGGGGCAACCUCAACAUUUUCUGGUCACCUUGCUGAUACUCAUAUUCAUGCGAUACCUCCUGCAUACGCGAAUGCGCUCGAUGUUGCCGGCGGUGAUCCUUCUGGCUACCCAACACCAGCUUGGUCUAUCGAAGGCACCAUUGAAAGCCUUGCUCUGGUAGGGUCUAGCUACGGUGUCCUUUCUAUAUCGACACCAGGUGUCCCUAUUGCUGGCGUAGGACAAACUGCCAGAGACCUAUGUCGUGAAUUGAACAUCUACCUAGCCAAUUUGACAAGCUCGUAUCCUGAAAAUAUCGGUUUCUUUGGGGCUUUGCCUGAUUGGAGAGAUAUAGAUGGGACGAUAGCAGAAAUAGACUUUUUGUACUCAACUCAGAAACAGGCAAUUGGAAUUGGCUUUUAUACUUCCUACGGCGAUCUUCUUCCUGGUGAUCCGACGUUUAAAGCUAUCUGGGAUAAGCUUGAAAGUUAUAAAGCUUUGGCUUUUUUACACCCGGGAGUGAUGGAUGUAUACCCAAGAUUUAUUGGUGAUUUUCUUCCACAACCGAUCAUUGAUUACCCGCAAGCGACUACACGGGCCGCUGUUGAUCUUGUAUUCAGUGGCGUCGUAUCAAAUACCCCAAACGUUGAUAUAAUUCUCUCUCAUGCGGGCGGUACGCUUCCUUAUUUUGCCGAGCGUGCCUGGGGAAGUCUUUUGAUACCUAGUAUCGAAAAUAGAAGUGCUGUAGAUUCAGCUACCGCAAUCGCUCAAUUCAGAAACUUCUACUACGACAUUGCCCUCAGUGCUUCGCCUACGCAGCUGAAUGGACUGUUACAAAACACUAAUCCGUCGCAUGUCCUCAUGGGAACAGACUAUCCGUACGCUGACUCUACGCUGAUUGCGUCGAGCAAUGAUGAAUACUUGGAUUUUGCAGCCGCGCAUCCCGAAAUUGCUGCUCCUGUGUUGAGUAAAAAUGCUAAGGUACUAAUCGAGAGGCACGCGCCCAUCAACUGA